AUGGUAAGUAAUCUGAACAUUUCUAUACCUGCAUCGUUUAAUUUUUCAAAACCUGAAGACUGGUCUAAAUGGAUACGACGGUUUGAAAGGUUUCGCCUCGCAUCUGGCCUCGCCGAAGAAGAGCCCGAGAGGCAAGUCAACACACUUGUGUAUUUGAUGGGAGAUGAAGCAGAUGAUAUUAUGAUUGGAUUUGGACUAACUAAUGAUGAAAAGAAAGACUACACAACAGUUAAAGGUAGAUUUGAUACGCACUUUGUCGCUCGACGAAAGCCGAUUUUUGAACAUGUGAAAUUUAACAAACGUUCGCAGCAGCAAGGUGAAAAUGUCGAAUCGUUCAUUACUGCAUUGUACGUUUUAGUAGAACAUUGUGACUAUGGUCAAUUACGAGACCAAAUGAUCAGAGAUCGUAUCGUAGUAGGUGUAAAAGACGAUGCUCUAUCGCUCAAAAUGCAGCUUGAUGACACUCUUACUCUGAAAAAAGCCACAGAUAUGUCCAGGCAAUCCGAAUCUGUAAAAAGGGAGCAAGCCCAGCUACGUAGCGGUUACGAAGAAGAUACUUCAGUAUCAACGCUCCACACCAAACGCAAUCAACCCGAUCGACAGCACGCUCCGUAUCGUCACUCCGGAACUCAGCAUCAAACUGUACGUAAAACUCAACGCAGUACUAGUGGUUCAUGUAGUAGCUGCGGAAAGGAUCCAGCACACACCUGGAAUAAGGGUGUAUGCCUGGCUAAAAAUUCGUUGUGCAGUUAUUGUGAAAAGCCAGGGCAGUGGAUUGCUGUCUGUCGUCGCCGUGCGCAGGUGAACACCGUUCAGGCUGAGAACGAGCAGUUCACAGACACAGAGGAAGUGCUAAAUAUCUAUGCAAUGGAUAGUGUUGAACAACGUUGUAAGGAAAAAUGGCUACAAAAGCUACGCAUUCUAGAUCGUGACAUUGAGUUUCGUAUCGAUAUAGGUGCACGUUGUAACAUUCUAACUCUGUCAGAUUAUCAGCUACUCGCACACAGUGGUGAGCUGCAGAAAUCAAAUCGGAUUCUGCGUACCUAUUCAAAUCACAGAAUAAUUCCAACCACGUCAGUUGAAUUGCCAAUCACACACAAAGAAUGUCAUGUCUCUACUAAGUUUGAGGUCGUGGACAUUGACCAAGAAAACAUUCUCUCCGGAGAAGUGGCCGAGGAAAUUGGUCUGAUAGCUCGUCUGAAUCAUGUUGACACUAACAAAGAUACUGCCCCACAGGAAGAAUUCCCCGAGCUUGUCCGCACUACUGGUACAUUACCCGGUAAAUACAAGAUUAAACUGCAGCCUGGUGCGAAAGGUGUUGUUCACGCUGCACGUCGCCAACCUGCUGCUCUGAAAGCAAAAAUAGUGGAUAAACUCAAUGAAAUGACCAAUAAUGGGUACAUUACCCGAGUAGACCAACCGACAGAGUGGGUUAGCUCUAUGGGUGCUGUCGUGCGCAGUGAUAAGGUCUGUAUAUGCAUCGACCCCAGUGACCUAAAUAAAGUCAUGCUCCGCGAGCACCAUCCAAUGAAAACGGUCGAAGAAGUAGUCUCCGAAAUUGCAAGCGCACAAGUGUUUUCUGUUCUCAAUGCAAAAUCUGGUUUUCUGCAAAUCUGUCUUGAUGAAGAGUCAUCAUUUCUCACAACAUUUAAUACGCCUGUUGGUCGCUACCGUUGGUUGAGACUACCGUUUGGCAUCAAGUCGGCGUCAGAGAUUUUUCAGCGUAUUAUGGACCAAAUGCUUGAGGGCAUUUCAGGUGCUACAGCAGUGAUGGAUGACAUCCUUGUAGCCGCGCGCACUGUUGAAGAACACGAUAUCAUCCUGUGGAAGACCCUCGCUGUGAAAGACAAAGAAGGUGUCCGUCGUUUUAUAGGGUUUGUCACGUAUCUCGCAAAAUUCAUCCCGAACCUCAGCGAGGAGGACGUUCCGUUACGACAACUGCUGAAAAAUGACAUCCUGUUUCAAUGGCAGCCCGCGCAACAAUGUGCAUUUGACAGGUUGAAACAACUCUGCUGCGAGCCACCCGUACUUGGAUACUUUGACGUUAAUAAACCUGUGCAAAUACAAGCGGAUGCCAGCCAAUUUGGUCUUGGUGCUGUGCUCCUACAGGAUGACCGACCAAUCGCAUACACGUCCCGGUCACUCACUGAUGCUGAGUGCAGAUAUGCUCAGAUAGAAAAAGAAAUGUUAUCAAUAGUGCAUGGAUGCGUUAAGUUUCAUAAUUACAUCCUUGGCAAAGACGUCACUGUCCAAUUGUAUAACCCCACGAUUAAAUAUCAACCUGGCAAGCAGAUAGAGCUUGCAGACACACUGUCUCGCUCUACACUAGCUGACUGUACAAGUGAAGUUGAGACUACGCCUGUGUCAAUGCUCGAUUUCCUAGCCAUUUCAAGUGAGAAGCUUAUCCAGCUCCAAAACUGUACGAAGGAAGAGCUCCGCAACCUCAUAGAGACUAUCAACUCAGGAUGGCCUGACACUCGUGCACAGCUUCCGAUAUCUCUCCGACCCUACUGGGAUGUGCGUAGUGAAAUCGUGGUGUCAGACGGACUAAUAUUUCGUGGCAUGCGAGUUGUAGUACCACCGUCACUCCGUCCGCGCAUGCUACAGCUAGUCCACGAGUCGCAUUUGAGCAUUGUAAAAUGCAAACAACGCGCACGCGAAGUACUGUAUUGGCCUUGUAUGAAUGCUGACAUUGAGGAAACCGUGAAAAACUCUGCUCGAUGCGCAGAGUUCCAGAACAAACCAGCACCACAGCCACUCAUGCCAACUAAACCACCAGAACUCCCCUACCAGGAAGUUGGCACAGAUCUGCUGUAUUACAACGGCAAACACUACAUACUGACAAUCCUGAGAGGUGACAACGGACUGCAAUAUAAAUCAGCCGAGUUUCGAAAAUUCUGUGCAAGCUAUGGUAUUGAUCACCAGCCUUCAAGCCCUCACCUGUCUAGAUCAAAUGGUGAGGCUGUACAGACUGUUAAAAGACUAUGGCGUAAGAAUAACGACCAAUAUCUAGCACUGCUUGACUAUAGGACCACACCACUCGAUGGCAUCGAUCUAUCGCCCGCUCAGCUGCUGAUGGGCAGGCGACCCCGCAACAAACUGCCUACCACCCGUUCGAUGCUCCAACCAACUAGUUACAACCGACAUGAGGUGAAUCGUCGUUUAGUGUUCGCAAAAGUGAGGCAGAAAUAUUACUACGAUCACUCAGGCACUCGCGAGCUGCCUCCUCUGCACCCUGGUGAACAUGUCAGGAUAGCUCCUCUACCAGGCACCAAAGAGUGGAUACCUGGAGUGGUCGAGAGUCACCAUUCUACGCCCCGCUCCUACGUUGUGCAGAGCACAGAUGGUAGUAGAUACCGUCGUAACCGUCAACAUCUACGGCAGUCGACUGAAGCAGCCAAUCAUCAACCACCCAUGAUCAACGACAUUCCAUUAGAUGUCAGCGAGGAACCACAUGUCGUGGCUGAAACACCACCUCCCAGCACUACACCAGCUGUGCGACUUAACUCGCCACCCCAAAGUGGUCGUGUGGCCAAACCACCUAUGCAACCACCGCCGAAUGCUCCAUAUGUUACAACUCGAGGUCGUGUUGUCAAACCACCUGUGCGGCUGGACAUGUAG